AUAUUAUCAAACCAUUUUCGGACAAAUUACCAGUAUAAGCGUAAUUACAUUUCUAUAUGUAUAGACAUUAUUAUUAUAUGUAUAAUUAUUAUAAAUUUAUGAUUGAUCAGAUUUUAUCAGCUCCCAAAUUAACUGACUGAUGCUUUCGUGUUUUAACCUACAAAUGUCAUUGACUAGUUUCCAAACAUGUCGUAUAAAAGCAAAGAAAAGCCCAGCGUCGGAACGAAAACGUGGUAAAGUUCUAUCUGAGCGGGACCUGAAGUCUGAGUCGGUCCCGAAUCACGGAACCUCCUGGACCUCUGCGUGAACCCCCGCACCAGGAAAUAGACGGAGGCGCGUCAGUAGUUAGUCGGAGCAGCUUCACCGGACGACGCCACGUACCGAUAAAUGAGCUUGUUUAUAAUAAUCAGCCCAAAGCUGCUGCUGCUUUCACCGCGAACUGCGAACAACACGGGCGGACCGUUAAAGGACUUUAAAGGGCAGGACGCUGGAAAACGGACUCACUUCGGCGGCUAAUGACGCCCAGGUGUUGCGUUGCUUUGCAGAUGUCUGGUCAAAUCAACAACUUGAAGCCCAGGAAGAGGAAGAGCAGCUCUGAGGUGAAAAGACCAAGAAUGGCUUCGGCCACGAGGAGGAGAUGUCCGGACGGUCCGAAGACGCGGCCGGCGGCAGGGAGCAGCUGCGUGGGCGGCGCUCAGAGCACCCCCCCCAGCUCCCUGGAGAGGUCCCGCAUCGCCUGCGAGUGCCACCCGGCCACGGGCGCCAGGAGGUGCUCGGCGUCGCCCGAGCUGCAGGGACGGGACGGCAAAGAGAACGAGACGGGGCCGGGGGCGGGGGCGGCCCGCUGCGGGGGCAAAGCCCAGCCCGAGGACAUGGAUUCGGAAGACGCCAGCAAAAGCAUCUUCCCCGACGAUGACAGCAACCAGAUUCUGCCUGUGGAGCAGUUUUUUGGAAACAUGGACGCGGUUCAGGACUUCCCUCAGAGAUCACCGGCCACGUCCGCCUCCGUCCCACGGGAGCACAGGCGGCGCCAUUACUACGCGCGGGAGGACAGCGACGAGGAUGAGGACGAGGGCCGCGGCAGCACUGGAGGCGCCUCGUGACCAGCGCCCACAGCAGCGACAGCGCCGGGCUCCCAGCGACGUCUGUGGGAGCAAGCGAAGCCUCUGCUGACGCCAGAACUGCUGAAAGCACUAGACCCUGUCAGACGUACUACGAGCCGUGGUGCUGAUGAGUAACGAGUACGUGUGGUAUCUCCCCACAUGCAGCAUGAAGUGGUUCAGCACGGCUUGGAACCCUUGCUGCUCAAGGCUACUACCAGCUAAUUAUAAAGGUGACUCAGCAGAUUGUUUAAAUGCACAAAAUACUACCUGGAUAGUUUCCUGUAUUUGUCUAUUUUUGUACGCGGCUCCAAUAUUGUAUUAAACUCGACACCUGUGGUUCUUUUAUGAAGUUAAUAUUUGAAGCAUUUAUGUUGGGUUUGCCCCAGUUUCAGUCUUACCUGGCUGGCGUGUGAACAAAGCACUUUAAAUUGGCAAACUUAAACAUAUGGCUUUAUAAUUUGAGGGUCUGAGGUCAAACAGGGUGGAAUUACAGUAAGACUCACACAGAUCGACAAACAAUGACAGCGACCCGAAGUUUAAACUGAAUCUGGAUCUCUGUGAGCCAUGAUUUAGCCCAGUGCCUGAUACAGUCAGGGUGAAGUUCACUUAAAACAAACAAAAAAAACUUAUCAUAUAUGCACAGUUUGAUGAUGACAGCGUCCAGUCACUGCCACGGUUUUGGGCAGCUUUUACGCAUGGUUUUAACAGCAGAGGGGAAGAUGAAGACUGGACAUCAGUGCAGUUGCAGAACCCAUUUUGGUAAAUCAUGCACUCAAACAGUGACUGUUUCUGUUCAAUCUGAUGUAUAUGAGAAAAUCUGCUGAGUCAGACGUAAACAGUACAGUAGUUGCACUAUUUAGAGCUGUUGUUGAAUUUAUACAUGCAUAUAUAUGUUUGCAUAUUUGACUGCCUUAUUUAUAUAUUUUCAUAUACGCCUAUGCAGCCUUCUGACUAUGUGAAUGCCUUGUAAAUAGAUAAAUCAUACGUUCCCUGUGCCAACACAAACAAUUCAA